ACUCAGUCCUGCUAGCUGGACCUUAGUCUCUCGCUGCCAAUACUCGAACGUCAUGAAAUCGGUUAAAUUCAGGGAGAACUUCUGGUGUCCCCACUUUCUCAGCACAGUUGGUUAUGACAGCAUUAUUCAACAUCUGAAUGAGGGCCGGAAAAACUGCAAGGAAUAUGAAGAUUUUUUAAAAGAAAGGGCAGUGAUUGAAGAAAAGUAUGCCAAAGAUCUGAUCAACCUCUGCCGGAAGAAACCCUGUGGGCAAAGUGAAAUUAACACCUUGAAGAGGGCCUUGGAAGUCUUCAAGCAGCAAUUAGACAAUGUGGGACAAUCUCAUCUCCAGCUAGCACAAAUGCUACGGGAAGAAGCUAGGAAGAUGGAAGAAUUCAAGGAAAGGCAGAAAAUACAAAGGAAAAAGAUAGAAGUUUUGAUGGAUAACAUGCACAAACAAAAACAAUUACAAUAUAAGAAAACUAUGGAUGUAAAGAAGAUCUAUGAACAGAAGUGCAAAGAUAAAGAUGAGGCAGAACAGGCAGUGCAUCGGAAUGCAAAUGUAGUAACUCCAAAACAACAAGAGAAGCUCUUUGUGAAAUUGGCCACUUCAAAGACUGCUGUAGAAGAUUCUGACAAAACAUACUUGUUGAACAUCAAUUUGCUGGAGAAAAUAAGGGAAGACUGGCAAAAUGAACACGUCAAAGCCUGUGAGUUCUUCGAGAUUCAAGAAUGUGAACGAAUAAACUAUUUCCGGAAUUCGUUGUGGAUACACAUGAAUCAGCUCUCAAAUCUAUGUGUCAUAAGUGACGAGAUGUAUGAAGAAGUCCGUAAGAGUUUAGAAAUGUGUAGCAUUGAAAAGGACAUUGAAUAUUUUGUAGUUCAGAAACAGACUGGACAAGUGCCGCCAGCACCCAUUUUGUAUGAGAAUUUCUAUAACUCCCAGAAAAAUUCAGUAUCGGGACGAAAUCCUGGACCUAAUGUGGGAAGGAGAGGACCUCUACCAAUUCCUCAGACUACAUCAGAGGAUGGUAAUUACUGCUUGGUGACUGAAUGCAAUAUUAACUCUAACCAACACCAAUGGAACUAAAGACUCUCAACUUGAUGCUUCUUUGACUAUAAAGAGUCAAUUCGGAGUGGAUUUCGCUGCCAUUUUGCAUCAGUCAUGAAGACUUUGAAGUGAACUGUUUCUUCUAUAGUUUUUACUAUUUUAAAUUGAUGGUCAAGUUUUUGUUGUACUUGUCAUGGAUGGGAUAUGAAAGUUCCUUGAAGACUCUAUAAGAUCCAGGCAGAAGAGAGUCUUCUUCCUAAUCAAUGUUAGCAAUUGUGGAUAAUCUUUUGUUUUCUGCUUGGAAGCUAUGAAACAUUCAUAGAAUGGAGAUUUGAAUCUUUGUGUAGCAGAAACAUCAGCUGAAGGGUCAUCAGUGUGAAAGUUCCUUCUUGGUAUCAGAGAUAAUUUUACUAAGAAAAAAAGAAGUUCUGUUAUUCCUACAAGGUUUUUCAGUAAUGGGACUAUUUCAUUGGUGGAGGAAUCAGAACCUUAGAGCUAGAAGGGACUUUAGAGAUUAUUUCCUCCAGUCUUUUCACUUUUUAGGUGAGGAAACUGAGGCCUAGAAAGGUUAUAUGAUUAUCCAAGGUGCAACAGCUAAUGGUAAAGUUAGGACUAAGAUGUAGAUCUCCUGGUUUCCACUACAUCUGUUUUCUCUCCCUUCCUUAAUGUGACCAGUGAUAUUACUGCUGACAUUUAACCUAAUUUCCUGGCUGCUUUACUGUUGAAAAAAAAUUAGGACUGGUCAGGACCUAUGAUUUCAUCAGUGAAAACAACUUGUGGUAUGGAAAUUCUUUCUACUAAUGCAGUUGAGAAACUUAUCGGUAACUUAAAAUCUUAAAAAAAAUUGUUUGGGGUACUGAAUAAUUUAAGUGAUUACCUUGUGUUUGUCAGAGUCAGAAUUUGAACCCAGCUUUUCCCAAUUCUGAGGCCAGCCUUUUCUAUACUACACUGCACUGCACUGUCUUUAUUGAAAAUACCAAGAACUAGGGGGCAGCUGGGUGGCGCAGUGGACAGAGCACCGGCCCUGGAGUCAGAAGUACCUGAGUUCAAAUCUGGCCUCAGACUUAACACUUACUAGCUGUGUGACCCUGGGAAAGUCACUUAACCCCAAUUGCCUCACUAAAAAAAGAAAAAGAAAAAGAAAAAAAAAAGAAAAUACCAAGAACUAAAGUGUCACUUAUUGUUAGGAUAGAUCACUGAUCAUGUGUGUAGUCUAUUGAUUCUUCUUCAUAAUAAUUUUGGUUUUUCUCAUGGAAAAAAGUAUGUGUAAAUGUAUGUAUACAUAUAUAUGAAUAUAUAUGUACAUCCAUCAAACACCCACACAUAAAUUGAUAUAUGCAUAUACAUUGUACAUUUAACAUGUGUGUGUAUGUAUUUUUUAGUAUAUAUACAUGCAUAUACACUGGACAUUCAGACAUAUGAACUUCACGCUUCAAGGGACACUUUGGUCCUUCUGAAGUAUAAUAUCCAAAUUGAUAGGGGUAUUGCCACAUAACUUCUAGAAAACUUCUAGCACUCUCAAGAUGCUCAAUAAAUUUUAACUACCAACUUAAAAUAAUAAUAGCAUACACAUAAAACUUUUUUCUUUAGCAUGCUCUAAAUGCUAACGCAAAAGAUCCAUGUUAUUCUGCAAACUGCAAAUUGAUGCUCGAGCACUUUCAUGAAUUAAACUGGUUGAAAGCAAACUAAAUACCGGUUAUUUUCUUAUACAAGUGCCUAGUGGAUCUGAGGGAGUCAAGGCAGGAAAGUUGCAGAAACUGAACAUCCUUUUGUGGUCAUUUCACCAUAGUAAAAAUGGAGAAAUUAAAGUGUGAUAAAGAUAAUCAACUUCCUCAAACCAAAAAAAAAUGUCAAAAUUUUCCUGUUGGGGGAACUUAAAAAAAAUUUAUUUAUUGUUGACUUCCUCAGGGAUUUCACCUUUUUCUUUAUCUAUUGGAACCUCAAAUAUGAAGUCUAUAAUUAUAUGGAAGGGUUGAUUUAAAGGGUUGAAUGCUUUUAAGAAAUGUUAAGAGUUAUUUCUAUUUUACUUUCUAUUUGUAAAGAUUUUUUGGAAAGAAAAUUAAAUUAAUUGUA